CUCCAGAAGCUGAAGCAACUUUUCCAGCGCAAACCCAAGGAGGAGCCAGCGCCGGAGCCGCAGCCCAACGGGGAACUGGUCAGCCCCUCGGGGGGACCCAUCUACUACAUCUACGAGGAGGAGGAAGAGGAGGAAGAGGAGGAGGAGCCUGAGCCCCCUCCGGAGCCGGAGAAACUCGUCAAUGACAAACCCCACAAGUUCAAAGACCAUUACUUCAAAAAGCCCAAGUUCUGCGACGUCUGCGCCCGCAUGAUCGUCCUCAACAACAAAUUUGGCCUGAGGUGCAAGAACUGCAAAACCAACAUCCACCACCACUGCCAGUCCUACGUGGAGAUGCAGCGCUGCUUCGGCAAAAUCCCCCCCGGCUUUCGGCGGGCGUACAGCUCGCCCCUCUACAGCGACCAGCAAUACGCCUGCGUCAAGGACCUGCUCUCCGCCAACAGGAGCGACCCCGUGUUCGAGACCCUGCGGACGGGCGUCAUCAUGGCCAACAAGGAGCGCAAGAAGGGGCAGGACGAAAAGAAAAACCCCUUGGCCGCUGUGAUGGAUGAGGAACCAGAGGCCGCCAAGCCCGGAGAGGGCAAAGCCGAAGGGGGCGGCGCUGAAGGGGACAAGAAGACUGAGAAGAGCCCAGCAGAUGACAAGAGCAAGAAGCUGCAGCCGGGGAUUCGCGGUGGCUUUCUGCAGUCCCAUUACUUCGUGGCACUUUACCGCUUCAAAGCCCUGGAGAAGGACGACCUGGACUUCCCCCCUGGGGAGAAGAUCACGGUGGUGGAUGACUCCAACGAGGAGUGGUGGCGGGGGAAAAUCGGUGAGAAAAUCGGGUACUUCCCACCGAAUUUCAUCAUCCGGGUGCGGGCGGGCGAGCGGGUGCACAAGGUGACGCGCUCCUUCGUGGGCAACCGGGAGAUCGGGCAGAUCACGCUCAAAAAGGAUCAGAUCGUGGUGCAGAAG